AUGGCAAAAAAGAUCAUUGCAGCGGCCGUUCACGCCGCUCCAGUUUUUAUGAAUAAGAAAGCUAGUAUUGAGAAGGUUUUAAGAUUGAUUCGAGAAGCCAAAGAGCAAGAGGUUGAUUUUGUGGUAUUUCCCGAGACAUUUGUGCCAGGGUAUCCGUACUUUAUCCAAACCUAUGCACCCCUCCAGUACAGCGGCGCACUAGCCCAAUAUGCCGACCAAAGCGUGGUAAUCGGACGAACUGGCGGAGAUCUGCUCCCUAUAAUGUCACUUUGCGCCUCACUAAACAUCGCCGUCUCCAUCGGAAUAUCAGAGCGUGUGGAGGAUGGCUACACGUUAUUUAAUUCUCAAGCCUUCAUCGAUACCGACGGUACACUCUUGGGCGUACAUCGCAAGAUCCAACCUACACACGCCGAACGCACCGUAUGGGCUCAAGGCAGCGGACACACAUUACGCGUAUGGCCUAGUACCGUUGGCAGAAUAGGAGGAUUAGCAUGUUGGGAAAACACGAUGAAUAUUGCACGACAAGCAUUGAUAGAACAGCGACAGGAAAUUCACGCAGCGGCAUGGCCUGCCUUAUCGACGGUAUCGGGGUUUGAGCCUGUGGCUGAUGUGCAGAUCGAGGCAUUGAUGAAGAAUCAUGCGUUUACGGCGCAGGUGUGGGUUGUGUGUGCGAGUAAUUAUGUGGAUGAGGGGACUUUGGAUUGGAUGGAGAAGAAUCUUGGGGCGCAGGAUUUGGUCAAGAAGGGAGGGGGAUGGAGUGCGGUUAUUCAUCCUUUUUGUAGUGUGCUGGCGGGUCCGCAUACGGGGGCUGAGGAAAAAUUGGUGAAGGCGGAGAUUAAUUUUGGGGAUUUGGGAGGGGUCAAGGUCUGGAUUGAUGCUAGUGGGCAUUAUAAGAGACCUGGGGUGUUGAAGUUGGAGGUGGAUAAAAGUCCAGAGUGGCCGGAUGAUGAGAUUAUGGCGAAGGGAGCUCCUGCACCUUUGACUAUAUGA